UUGAUAUAGUAAAUUUAUCACAUUGUAUAGGAAGCAGCCAUUAUCGGAAAAUAUUUGCGUCGGUAGUUCUACAAAUGUUAGAUUUGGAUGUUUGAUUAUAUAUGUACACUUAAAUUGUCUUAAAAUUUAAUAGGUAAUUGGAAUUAUAAGUGUUUGAGCUAGGCUGAUUGGCAAUUUUGAUCACAUUGUUUAAGCAGCCGUUAUCGGAAAAUGAUUUCAUCGGUAGUUCUACCAAUGUUAGAAGGAUGUAAGAUUAUUUAUUUACAUUUAUUUGUUUGAAAAUUUAUUGAUUGAGCUAGGCUAUAUGAUUAUAAUAUAUAUCAUUAGGUCGAACGCAGGCCUGCUCACUGAAGUAAUGUGAAGUGGUGCGAGACCACUAAAUUUAUUCAUGCAAAGAUUAGUUUCUUGAUCAAUCUAUUUAUUUUUUAAUUUUAAACAGUCUUUUACAGUUGAAGCAUCCUUUAUCUCUGGUUCAUCAUCCCUGGGUCUGACAGCUUGACAAAAGGAUUUUCUUAGGUCGAAGGUGGUAUAAUAUAGAUCUAUAUUAUUCUCAAGUAUUCAAGAUGUCAAAUAAACAAGGUUCCUGGCGGUGCCAAGUAGCCCAUCAGGGUUUUGAUUCUCUGUUGUGGUUAUGCACUCUGUCUGUGGUGCCAUUUUAUUUUCUGCACAAGUUUUUUUUUUCUGCAAUUUUCAAUUUGCCUGGCAGUAGCUUACAAAUUUUGUGGAAAAUGCUUUUUGUCUGGUAGAGGUUAUAGAAGUAUUGAAAAUGCUACUGUUCAGUGUUGUAUGUUUUUUUUUAAUGGCAAUGUCAUGCAUAUUUAGAUAAUAUGUAACUUGGCAUUUAUUUUCAUUUCACAUUUAUAUUAUGAUACAUGUCACUGUUGUGUGCAGAAUGUAUUGAAUACCAUACAUAUUUAGAGUUAAUAUGGUAUUUCUUUCAAUUUAUUUCGUUUUUGAGUGCCUAUAUAAACAGUUGCCAGUUGGGCGUCUGUUGGUAAUUAAUUUGAUGCAGGUGUUUGACCACUUGUAUAUUUAGGUACUUAUUUCAUUUCACAUUUAUUUUGUAUUGAUUGCCCAUGUAAACAGUUGCCAAUUGGGCGUCUGUUGGUAAUCUAUUUGAUGCAGGUGUUUGACCACUUGUAUUUCAUUUACAUUUAUUUUGUAUUGAUUGCCCAUGUAAACAGUUGCCAAUUGGGCGUCUGUUGGUAAUCUAUUUGAUGCAGGUGUUUGACCACUUGUAUAUUUUGAUUAUUAUUUCAAUUCACAUUUAUUUUGUAUUUGAUUGCCCAUGUAAACAGUUGCCAAUUAGGCAUCUGUUGGUAAUCUAUUUGAUGCAGGUGCUUGACCACUUGUAUACUUUUGAAAUGUGGGGUAAUUGUGAUAGAGUUAAUGUCUGAUGAAUUUUGUUCUCACAUAAACAGUCGUUAACUUUGCGUCUGUUGGUAAUCUUAAUUUGCAGGUGUUGGCCUGCUUGUGUAUGUGAUUUGCUACAAUGUAUAUAUGUAUAGUUCAGUUAUUUGUUAUUAGAACACUAUAACCGUUACAGAUGCCUAAAGCUAAAAAGAGGAAAGUGGCUUCAGGUGAUGAUGCGUCAGUCCCUACAUCAAGUACAUGUAAUGUCAUCCAGUUAUCUGAUCAGCAGUUGGACCAAGUGGCAGAAAAAGUUGCUAAAAAAAUGCAUGUCCCUCAGCAGAUACAGCAUGGGGCUGAACAAAUUGAUGACACUAUGUCAGGUGAGCCUUCUUUAGAAGACAAUCUAGGGGUUCAUUUGAGUAAUGGGACUAAAACAAAAAUUAUUAAUGGAGAGUUUGUCGAGUUACAUACACUUUUACCCUCUAAUAAGGACUCGGAUGACAAGCAAGUUGUUGUUAUUGAUGGCAAUAUUCUAGUAAAAGAGAAAGUGACUAAAUCUUCCUUAGAUAUUCAUGCUUGGACAGAUGCCUUUUUGAUUUAUGCUUCCGUCUACAGUUCGGUACAUUGCAAUGAAAGCCAGGGUCUCUUAAAAUACAUGUACAAUGUUCGUUUGGCAGCUUCAAGAGUCAUGGGUAAAGGUUGGCUAAGCUACGAUGAACAGUUUAGGCACAAAAAGGCUCGUAACCCAUCAUUGCCAUGGUUUAAAGUUGACCAGGAAUUGUGGUUAUUGUAUGUUUACAAUAGUCGUAGCUCCUCUCAAGUUAAAAGUUCUCCUAAUCAGAUUAAGAAGUGUUAUGACUUUAAUUUCAAAGGCUUUUGCAAUAAAGCACCUUGCAAUUAUUUUCAUUUGUGUAUACUCAGUAGCAAAUCUCAUCCAAGUAAAUCUUGUAAAUUGAAAUUAAACAGACCAAAUGUUUCUAGUAGCAGGUCAAGUCCUAAUCAAGGAGCUAGAGCAAGUGGAAGUAACAGCUUCGUCCCUUGGCCUGGCAAAGUCGCCAAUUAAUCUUACGGUUCUACAAGAUUUUUUAGCAGAGUAUCCAAACAAGACGGAUGCUGAACUUUUAAGAAAUGGUUUUAUGUUUGGUUUUAAACUUAUGUAUGAGGGGCCCAGAGUUGAGUCCUCUUGUCACAAUUUAAAGUCAGUAAUUCAAAAUCCAAAUGAGGCAGUUAAUAAGAUUAUGAAAGAAGUCAGAGCAGGGCGAAUAGCGGGCCCUUUUAAAGAGAGGCCUUUAAAAAAUCUAAGGUUAUCACCAAUUGGCCUUGUUCCAAAAAAGAACGGAUCAUGGCGUUUGAUUCAUCACUUAUCGUUUCCAAAGGGUUCAAGUUUAAAUGAUUAUAUAGAUGACACA